AUGUCAAGUGAGGAACUUCUUAACCAACUGCGUCAGCACGAGAAGGACGCUGUUUUGCCUGCUUUUAACUCGGACAUCGCAUGGCAGCUUGGUCAAAUCGUGCGUAAGAACUCUCUGAAAUUCGACAAGUCUGUCAUUAUCAGUAUCACUGGUCCCAAUGGCCUUGUUCUCUUCCAAACCACCACUGGACCUGGUGUUACUCUUGACAACCAGUCAUGGGUCAAUCGCAAACGUCGUGCUGUUACCUAUUUCGAGCAGGCCAGCUACCUCACCGGUCGCACUUUUGCUCUCAAUGGCAAGACCAUGGCCGACUUCGGCCAGCCAACUGCCGACUUUGCUACCCAUGGAGGAGGUUUCCCUAUCCGAGUCAAGGGCCUAGAAGGACUCGCUGGAGUCAUUGUUGUCAGUGGACUUAAACAGGAGGACGACCAUGCUCUUGCUUACAACUCGAUUAUUGAGCUUUUAAAUAGCUUGAAAUAA